CCCAAAGGCGGAUCCGUCUUCGGCCUCCCCUGCUCUUCCCGAACGGAAAUCAGUUGCUCCAUACCUUCGUUGUUAAGCUCUCCAGUCGUCGCCAUCGUUAGAUCUCCCUAUCGCCGGCGUCUUCUGUGGCCAUCGCUGAGUAUUUUAGGGAGGCACCCACUGCUACUCGAGGAGCACAUUGGCAAUUUCAGGAACAUUUUGUGGAUAGCAAUCAACUUGAGGAAAAUGGACUUGCGAGAAGCAAUCAGUAAUCAAACAGAUGUCUCGUUGAGCUUGGCAAAGCAUCUACUGUUGAAGGGAGGUGAGAAUGAUAACUUGGUGCUUUCACCCUUGUCCAUCCACGUGGUGCUUAGCCUCAUCGCUGCUGGCUCCAAGGGCUCCACACGUGAUCAACUUCUCUCAUUCCUCAAGUCUAACUCCACCGAUCAUCUGAACUCCUUUGCGUCUCAGCUCAUCACUGUUGUCUUCGCUGAUGGUAGUAUUAGUGGUGGCCCCCGCCUGUGUUUCGCGAAUGCUCUCUGGCUUGAUCAAUCUCUUUCUCUCAAGCCUCCUUUCAAACAGAUUGUCGACUCUAAUUAUAAAGCUGCUUUAUCUCAAGUGGACUUCCAAACCAAGGCUGUUCAAGUGACCCAAGAAAUUAAUUCUUGGGUGGAAAAAGAGACGAGUGGCCUUAUUAAAGAGGUUCUUCCUAUGGGAUCUCUUGACAACUCAGCCAGACUCGUUUUUGCCAAUGCAUUAUACUUUAAAGGAGCAUGGCAUGAGAAGUUUGAUGCAUCAGCAACCAAAGAAUAUGACUUUCACCUCGGAAGUGGAAGCUCAGUGAAGGCUCCCUUCAUGACCAGCAAGAAAAAACAGUUUAUUAGAGCAUGUGACGGAUUCAAAGUCCUUGGUCUUCCUUAUAAGCAAGGUGAAGAUAAACGCCGUUUUACCAUGUAUUUCCUUCUUCCAGAUGCAAAUGAUGGGCUGCCAGCUUUGGUUGAGAUGGUGGGUUCACAAUCGGGGUUCUUGGAUCGCCAUAUUCCUCAAACCCGAGUGGAGGUAGGUGACUUUAGGAUUCCAAAAUUUAAGAUUUCUUAUGGGGUUGAAAUAUCCAAUGUGCUUAAGGAAUUCGGGGUGACAUUGCCAUUCUCUGGGGGAGAAUUGACGGAAAUGGUGGAUUCUUUGGCUGGUCAAAAUCUACAUGUUUCCAACAUAUUCCAUAAGGCAUUCAUUGAAGUCAAUGAAGAAGGAACUGAAGCUGCUGCUGCUAGUGCUGGUGUUAUAAAAAUGAGGGCUUUGCUAUCUAAAAUAGACUUUGUAGCAGACCACCCUUUCCUCUUUAUCGUCAGAGAGGAUAUGACUGGAACACUGCUGUUUGUUGGAAAGGUGCUUCAUCCUCUUGCUGGCUGAAUCAGUCAGACAUGUUAUCCUACGUAACAUUACUAUAUGUUGUUGCUACUGGUAAUCUGAGUGACCAGCUCUCAUCGUACUUACAGUGAACAGGAAUAUACUGAAAUGGAUGUGUAUGAGAAGAAUGUAAUAAGGAAAGUAGACAAAGUUUGCGAUAAAUCAUUACUGUUUUAUGCACAA